CGCCCCACGGGCGCGGCGCCAUGAGUGAGCUGGAGCAACUGAGACAGGAGGCUGAGCAGCUCCGGAACCAGAUCCGGGAUGCCCGAAAAGCAUGUGGGGAUUCAACACUGACCCAGAUCACAGCUGGGCUGGACCCAGUGGGGAGAAUCCAGAUGAGGACACGGAGGACUCUCCGUGGGCACCUGGCAAAAAUCUAUGCGAUGCACUGGGGGACAGACUCAAGGCUGCUGGUCAGCGCCUCCCAGGAUGGGAAGCUCAUCAUUUGGGACAGCUAUACCACCAACAAGGUCCAUGCCAUCCCGCUACGUUCCUCCUGGGUUAUGACCUGUGCCUAUGCGCCCUCAGGGAACUUUGUGGCCUGUGGGGGGUUGGACAACAUCUGCUCCAUCUACAGCCUCAAGACCCGUGAGGGCAAUGUCAGGGUCAGCCGAGAGCUGCCUGGCCAUACCGGGUACCUGUCCUGCUGCCGCUUCCUGGAUGACAACCAAAUCAUCACCAGUUCUGGGGACACCACCUGUGCCCUGUGGGACAUUGAGACAGGCCAGCAGACAGUGGCUUUUGCUGGACACAGUGGGGAUGUGAUGUCCUUGUCACUGGCCCCCGAUGGCCGCACCUUUGUGUCAGGUGCCUGUGAUGCCUCUAUCAAGCUGUGGGAUGUGCGGGAUUCGAUGUGCCGACAGACCUUCAUUGGCCACGAAUCGGACAUCAAUGCCGUGGCUUUCUUCCCUAACGGCUAUGCCUUUACCACCGGCUCUGACGAUGCCACGUGCCGCCUCUUCGACCUGCGGGCUGACCAGGAGCUCCUCAUGUAUUCCCACGACAACAUCAUCUGCGGCAUCACCUCUGUUGCCUUCUCUCGCAGUGGCCGGCUGCUGCUUGCUGGCUACGAUGACUUCAACUGCAACAUCUGGGAUGCCAUGAAGGGCGACCGUGCAGGUGUCCUUGCUGGCCAUGACAACCGUGUGAGCUGCCUCGGGGUAACUGAUGAUGGCAUGGCUGUGGCCACAGGCUCCUGGGACUCCUUCCUCAAGAUCUGGAACUAAUAGCCCCAACCCCAACUGGGCCCGGCCAGGAGGGGCCUUGCCCACGCCCACACUACAGGCCGGGAGCUUUGGGGCUGGGGCACAUGAGCCUCCCUCCCCUGGCCACAGGGCCUUGGGUCCCUGCUUCCCUACCCAGGUUUGGUUCCUCCCGGGGCCCCCACUGUGGAAAUAAAGAUGGGAAUAGAAUGGGAGAAGAGGAGCAGAAAGCCCUCCUCCUUUAGCUGCCCUGGGGUCAGGGCCUCAUCCCCCUGGAGGGUCAGAGGCAGGAGGUAGAAACUCCAGGGGCUGGCUUUUUUAAAACUGGUUUUAUUUUAAUUUUUAUUAUAUUUUCAGUUUUUCCAUAAAGGAACCAAUUCCAACUCUGUA